UGGCUUUUGUGCAGUCUCUGUAAUUCUCCACAUCACACAACCAUGGCGGACUCUUCCGCAGAAAAAAAGCGAAGCAAAUGGGACCAGGCAGCCGAUCCGGCAGCAGCAGCGGCAGCAGCUCUUUCCACAAUCCCCUCCGGCACCUCCCCCGCCGCGAUCGCCGCCGCGGCCGCCGUCGCCGCAUCGCUAGCGGCGGCGGGAAAACCCGUCCCCACCGGAACCUCUCUCUUGGGAAUGCCGGGGAUGCUCUCGGGCCAGAUCCCGGGCCUGAAUGUUGGCUCGGCAGGUCCAGGUCCGGCAGUGCCGAACCUGGACGACGCCAAGGCCAGGGCUGAGAUGAUGGCUCGGCAGGUGAACGAAGAGCUCGCGAAGCGCGGGAUCGGCGUGCAGCGGAAGCCGGAGGCUGCGGCGGCAGGGCCGCCGGGAAAACCGCUGGCGGAGGAGAUUGUUAGAGAGGUGGUGAUUAACGAGUGUAACCCGAACGUGCGGUACCAGCUCACGCGCCGCGGCACGCAAGACGAUAUUCACCGCAAGACAGGUGCUGUCAUCUCCACAAGGGGCAAAUUCUGCAACAUGAACGAUCCCAAGAAUCGUGACCGUCCGUUGUAUCUGCAUGUGACGCCCUCGACCGAGGCGAAGACCCCAGAGGAGAAGCAGCGGAUGGUGGACGCUGCCGUCCGCAUGAUUGACGACAUCAUGAAUCGACGGCCAGGAGAGCAGGCCAGCGAGCCGCAGCGCGAUCGGGCCGAUCCCGGCCGUCCGCCGUGGCGCGACGACCGGUCGAGAUCGUCCCGCGACAGCAGGGCCGGCGGGGGCGGGAGGCAUGAGCGGGACUUUGAGGCGGGGAGGGGGAGGGAGAUACGAGCCGUAUGGGAGGAGUGAUCGGAGUGAUAGGAGCAGAGACAGAGACAGAGACAGUUACAGGGAUAGGGAUCGCUAUGGGAGGGACAGGGACAGGGAUAGGGAGAGGGACAGGGGUAGGGAUAGGGAUAGGGAUAGAGAUCUGGAUCAAGACAGAGACAGAGACAGGGAGAGGGUUAGGGAAGGGUACGGAGCCCCUCCCCCAUACGGCGCCCCCCCUGGCUCCUACCCUCCCGGAUCCUACCCCCCUGGGUCAUACCCUCCGGGUUCCUACCCGCCUGCCGCUUACCCUCCCGGUCCUACCCACCUCCUGGCCAACCCCCCUACCCGGGCCCACCAGGGUCGUAUCCCACCCCCCCUCCAGGGACCUAUGACCCCGCCUACGGCCCUCCCCCGCCUCAGCCGUACCCCGGCUAUCCUCCCCAGGCUGCUGCCCCUGGGUAUGGGCCGCCCCCGGGUGACUACCCUCCUGUUGCUCCUGGACAAUACCCGCCGCCCGCUUAUCCUCCCGGCGCGUAUCCUGCUCCCUCGCCAUAUGGCCCUCCCCCGGGUGCACCUCCCCCGGCCUAUGGUGGGGGUGCGCCUGGCCCAUACGGAGAGGGGUAUUCCGCCCCGUCUGCUUCUGCGGGGUCGAUCCCGCCUGGCAGCAACAUCGUGCUGGUGUUUGCGGGGUUCGAACCGACCCGAGAGUUUGAUGCUGCUGGGAGGAUUCGAGGGCCA